GUCUGCGCCCGUAUGAAGCCCCAUGCCAAGUUUUGGUAUAGGGCUCAGAUUCAUUCCCUCAUUCAUUCGAGCCGUGGAAUGCUAGUCCGAGUUUUCUUCCUAGACUACGGAGAACUCAGCGAGCCCGUGUCGGACACGACAUGCAUUCGGAGUUUACCUCAGCGUUUCAAAGUCCUGCCUCCUCCCAUGGCCAUUCAAGUGGUUUUACCAGGGUUGCGUCCCUUGUCGUUGGAUAUUGAUCAUGCCAUGGGUAUGGGUACCAUGAGCCAAGUCUUUGCCGAUUCCUGGAGUUCUGCAGCCGUGGACACGGUUCGGACCUUGAUUAGUCAAACAAAUCACCGAUGGGCCAUUUUGAGUAAUUGGCAAAAGGAUCGGGCUGGUCGAUAUCUGGCCGAUGUGCAACUCCGGGGUCAUCCUUUCAAAGUUCAUUUACAUCGCGUUCUCAUUGACGGUGGAUUUGCCUUUUUUGAUCAAAAAUGCUACCGCGAACAACUUCAAGGCCAUUGUGACAUUUCUUUGGACCGUUUAGUGUCCAACUUGUCUAUUUGCGGCCCUGAUCCCAGUGUUGGAAAUUCCUCCUUGAAUGACAUCAGUUACGUUUUCGAAGACGAAGAAGAAAUGGAUUCGGAAGAAACUGCUGUUCAUGAAAGUGAUAUCUGCCAGGUUGAUUUAUUCAAUUGGGAAGUGAUGCCGCCCAUUACCCGGAAGAAGAAGGUUGAACUCCUUCCGAAAAUCGAAGAAGAGAGUACCAAUGGAAAAUUGUUACAGCGGAUCCGGAACACCAAGAUGGGCCGAAUCAAAGUGGAGGAAAAGCAGGUGUCCAUAUGGGAUCAGUUCAAGACCCCUUCGCAUGAGACAAGGGAUGAAAGUCGAAAUUAUCUGGUUAUUCCGGCCGGCAUGGAUCCGGGUAAAUUCUUGGAGGAGCAAUUAGCCCGAAUCACUGAUCAUGAUGGAAUUGGGCCAAAAAUGCUAGACCCAAAACUCGUUUGCGUAAAAGGUUCCAAUUAGGACAUGGAAUCCUACGUGGGCGAAACUUCCUCGGGAAGCUGAAGAGUUCUGCUUAAAAUGAUGAUCUGUGGUGGUAUGGGCCUUCAGCUAAACAAUUAGCAAUAACGAUAUGCCAGUAAACUGAUCAAAGAAUACGUGUUAGUCUAUCGAAUCAAUGGAAAAUAAAAACCAUGUUAAGUA